GAUGGGUUCAUGGUUUGAACCAGCUUCCUGCCUUAAGAUUCUAUUCGUGAACUUGGCUUGCCGAAUGCAGGCUUCGGUUCAAAUCUUGGUUUAUCAAAAAAGAAAAACUUUCAAUCAUAGAAUCAUAGCUAAAUAAAUCUCUUCAGUUUCAAUGGGUAAACCACAAUUAACACAAUGAAGUGCAAGUUUAUGUGUUUAAAAAGUAUUCCUUAUAUAUGAUCGCUUUUCAGAUGUUUUUUAUUUGAUUCAUGCAACUAUCCGUCCAUCCAAAUAUUCAAAUAUGUUAGUUUUUAUGUUUUUAUGAAAUUAUCUCGUAUUUCGAGCACUUCACACAGCCCUAAAAUGAUCCAUUUGUUACAUUGAGAGAUUUCAUGGACAAAGAACUUUACGGCUUAAAUUCAAGUCUCGAUCGGCCCGUUGGAGAGGUGCUUUCCGCGCUUGUCAGCUUCGGGCAUGGCCAAGUGGCAUCUGCCAGCUGAUGACGGCAGUUGGAGGCACUCUUGGACACACACAUUGGGAUCGAUUGUGUCAGCUGUGUUUGCGGUAUUAAUUAGCGCCUGCGAGGCGAAAAACUAAAAUCUAAUUCCCCAGGUCCGUGCUAGCCGGAUUUGUGAUGUGUUAUAGUUAUAUUUGAUUUUAACAAUUUAUUGCAAAUCAAUGCGAGCAAAUUAAUUAACUUCAAUUAAAGUCGCCCCAGUCUAGCGACACUCUCUAUAAAAACUGAACGCCGUUGCCAAACAGGGCAUCAAUCCAGUGCAGCAGCUCCAGCGCUAAAGUACAAUCGAGUCCAGACGCGUUCCUUGUGUAAACAGCAUGAACAAAUUUAUGUUUUUGGCCUGCUUGGCAGUGCUCGGCUGCAGUCGCUGGGCAGCGGCGCGUCCUGAUCUCAGCCGUCAGGCCUACCGUUACGAGAUUGGCCAGAACGACAACGUUGUCAACACUGGCAUCGUGUCCCCACCGGUGAUCAGCACAACUACCUCGUAUCAGCCAACGGCAUCGGGCAAUACCUACUACAACAAUGUGCCCACCGUGGGUCAGCUGACAGUUGUGGGCAGCUCUGGCUUUGUGCCCUCCACCCAGGUGAACGGCGUUCAGUACAGUGGCAGCAACCCCUACACCACCAGCAGCGGCGGCAGCGGUGGCGGUGGUGGUGGAAGCAGCAGCAUCAGCACCUCCUUCUCAAACGGCGGCGGCGUCGGCGUUGUGAAUGAUCAUAUUGGUCUGACUGGCAUCCAUCCGGGUCCCACUAUCAACUAUAAGGAACAGGAGGCGUACAUCAGCCAUUUGGCCAACUUCCAGCCACCGAUCAUUAGCAAACACUUCUAUCUGCACACCGCACCCGAGGAUCACGAUGACCAGCAGAUUGUGCGCUAUGUGAAUGUUGGCAGGCCACAGAAGAACUAUCGUGUGGUGUUCAUCAAUGCGCCCGCAUCCACCACCAGCAAGGCCAAGAUCAUUGCCAACGUGGCUCCAGUUGAGGACAAGACCGCCAUCUAUGUGCUGUCCAAGAAAUCGAACGCCCUCGAUGUCAGCGCCGAGGUGGUCACACAGCGUCCAGCCAACCACAAGCCCGAAGUUUACUUCAUCAAGUACAAGACACCCGAGGAGGCCGCACAUGCCCAGCAGACCAUCCAGGCCAACUAUGACGCUUUGGGCGGCAGCUCGGAGCUCAGCAAUGAAGGCAUUGUGCCCGUCUCAUCGGUCAUCAACGCCUUGGGCGACAAUGGCGCCUCUGGUGUUCUGGCCGAUGGCUCCGGUCACGUCAACAUUAUUGGCACUGGCGGUGCUCCAGUGGUCGAGAACACUGUCAGCGGCGGCGUCGACAGCUCCGGCAUCAAUCUCCAGUACGAUGUGAACGGCAGCAGCAGCUCCGGCAGCCAGACCACGACGCAGGUGGACAGUGGCAGCCUUGUCGGUAACAAUGUUAUUCAGACCUCCUAUCUGCCCUCCAAGCCCAUCAGAUCGGUCAAGUACUAAGCAUGCGAUCUCGUCAAUUGCAUCCUUUCACCGACAACCCAGCUGAUUGGACAGAACACACAAACACACAUACACACACACAAAACGCACGCUCGCCCGAUUCUUGCUUCUAAUUGAAUAAUCCAAAGCGAUUAUUUUCCUAGAAUUUGUUAAAUGUAACUCU